AGUGAAGGAUCGGAGAAGUGGGACGAGGGAGAGCAUUCUAUAUAGCUACAAAGAGGACAGUGUAGCUUCUCCUUUUGGUACUUUCUUCAGCUUUUACUGUAUGACACAGAUUUUACUUAGAAGGUUUAUCGUGGUGAAGUCCCCUUUCCUAAAGAACAAACCAGCAGAAAAAAAGAGGGGAAACCAAAAAAGGGGGAACUUUCUAUCCUAAAGCAGCUGGAGUCUGAUAGAACAAUGAGAGAUCCCCUUCCCAGCUGGGCCUGCUUGUUUUACAGCCUGUUCACCUUCUCCUUGCUUUGUGUAACAGCUGAGAACCAAUGUAAGAUCAGAAAUCAAGUGGCUGACUGCAGUCAUCUAAAGCUGAAACAAAUUCCUUCAGAUCUCCCAAUUAAUAUAACAGCACUGGACAUUUCUCAUAACCAGCUAAAUAAGCUACCACCUGCAAAUUUAACUAAGUACAGCCAGCUUAUUUACUUGGAUGCAGGAUCCAACAGCCUCUCUAAACUUCAGCCAGAACUGUGCCAAACUUUGCCCCAAUUGAAAGUUUUGAAGCUGCAACAUAAUCAGUUGCAUGAGCUCACUGACAAUGUUUUUGCUUCCUGUUCCAGCCUGACUGAGCUCAAUUUAGGGUACAACAUAAUAGAGGUCAAAAGCAAUCCUUUCAAAAACCUGAAGAAUUUGAACAUACUGGAUGUAGCUCAUAAUCGUUUGCUUUCUACAAAAUUAGGAACCCACCAACAGUUGGAGAGCCUUCGUGAGCUUGUGCUGUCAGAGAAUAAAAUCACUGAGUUAAAAAAGGAAGAACUAGAUUUUCUUAGCAACACUUCCUUAAAUAGGCUUGACGUAUCAUCAAACCCGCUGAAAGAGUUUCACACAGGCUGUUUACGUGCAAUUGGAAAUCUGUAUGGCCUUAUGCUGAACAACGUUAAGCUUGGCGAAAAUCUCACAGAGAAACUUUGCUUGGAAUUAUCAGGCACAAGAAUUCAGAAUCUGUCACUGAGCCAGGUCCAGCUUUCUUGUAUUUACAAGUCAACCUUCCACGGACUGCAGACAACAAACAUCACAGUUUUAAACCUUUCCAAAAAUUAUUUGAGCGUGAUAAAAAAUGACUCUUUUACCUGGCUUUCAAACUUAGAGAAUUUACACCUAGAGGAUAAUAGGAUUUCUCACUUAUCUUCUCAUUCAUUGUAUGGAUUGUCCAAUGUCAAAUAUUUGAAUCUGAGAAGGUCACGUGUCAGAAGAAUUGAUGAUUUCUCCUUUCGUUGGCUAAGCCAUUUAGAGUAUCUUCUUAUAGAUAGUAAUAAUUUUCAAGAAAUUACUCCUAAUAUGUUCACCGGCUUAGACAAUCUGAAAUAUUUGAGUCUAUGUAACUGGACAAAUGGCUUACAAAUAAUAACUAAUAAAACGUUUUCAUCACUUGCUAAUUCUACUCUGCAGUUUCUUAAUCUUACAAAAAGUAGAAUCACAAAAAUAGAAAGUGGAGCAUUUUCUUGGUUGGGACACCUAAAAAUUCUUGAUUUGGGACUCAAUGAAAUAAACCAGGUGCUUACAGGUCAUGAGUUUAAAGGUCUGCAAAAUAUUGAGGAUAUCUACCUUUCCUACAACAAAUGGCUGACGUUGACAAGCGAAUCGUUUGCUUUUGUUCCUAGCCUUAGAAAACUGAUGCUACGGAAGGUAGCUUGUAGCAAUCUGGAUCUCUCCCCUUCACCUUUUCACCCUCUACGGAAUCUAACCAUCCUGGAUAUCAGCAACAAUAAUCUAGCUAAUGUGAAAGAUGAUUUGUUUGAUGGACUUCACAAACUAGAAAUUCUGGAUUUGCAGCAUAAUAAUUUGGCUCGACUUUGGAAACAUGCCAAUCCAGGUGGCCCUGUCCUUUUUUUAAAAGAUCUUCUUAACCUGCAUAUACUUAAUUUGAAGUCUAAUGGCUUGGAUGAGAUACCAGUACAAGUUUUCAAGGGCUUGUUUCAAUUAAGAAGCCUGGAUUUAGGAUCAAAUAAUUUGAACUUGCUUCCAGCAUCUUUGUUUGAUGACCAGAUAUCUCUGAAUUCAUUGUUCCUUCAGAAAAAUCUUAUAACAUCUGUUGAAGAAAAAGUGUUUGGGACAGCUUUCAAGAAUCUGAAAGAACUAGAGAUGGAUUCCAAUCCAUUUGACUGCACCUGUGAAAGUAUCUCCUGGUUUGUUAAUUGGCUUAAUGUGACCCAAACAAACAUACCUGGAUUAGAUACCCAUUACCUUUGCAACACCCCACCUAAGUAUCAUAGUACUCUGGUGAUGCAUUUUGACAUUUCACCCUGCAAAGAUAGUGCCCCUUUUAAAUUACUGUAUAUAAUAAGCACCACUGUGAUAAUGCUCCUCAUCUUUAUUGUUGUUCUUAUCCAUUUUGAAGGCUGGAGGAUAGUAUUUUACUGGAAUGUGUCAGUAAAUCGAGUACUUGGUUUUACAGAAAUAGACAGGCAACAGGAAGAAUUUGAUUAUGAUGCCUAUGUUAUUCAUGCAAGAAGGGACAGUAAUUGGGUGUCCAAGAACUUCAUUCCUCUGGAAGAAAAUGAUCAGUCUCAAAUUAGGUUUUGUUUAGAGGAACGAGACUUUGAAGCAGGCAUAUCUGAAUUUGAAGCCACUAUUAAUAGUAUAAAAAGAAGUCGGAAGAUUAUCUUUGUUGUCACUGAACAUCUCUUAAAAGAUCCCUGGUGCAAAAAGUUCAAGGUGUACCAUGCUGUCCAGCAAGCUAUUGAGCAAAGUCGGGAUUCCAUCAUACUGAUCUUUCUUCAUGACAUUCCAGAUUACAAACUGAAUCAUGCACUUUGCUUGAGAAGAGGAAUGUUCAAAUCUCGCUGCAUCUUGGAUUGGCCAGCUCAGAAAGAACGUGUCAAUGCAUUUCAUCAGCAAUUAAAAAUGGCACUUAAAUCUAGCAGCAACAUACACUGAAUUUCUGAAGUAUAAUAUUGAACUGUUAGGACACUUCAUUUCAGACUGACUAAAGGAUAACAGUUCUUAUGGGGAAAAAUUAAACCAAUCCACAGCAACUCCUCUAUUUUUCCUAUUAUGUGUUUUUAAUUGGUAAUUGUUCUUAUCCUUCAUAUAUUGUUUCACCUGUAUUCUGAGUUCAUAAAAUGGUCAUGAUGGUCACAAAAAAUAGGACCGACAACUCUUUCAAACUGUGAUCAUAAAGAAUCAGCUUAUUUAAAAUAGAGCAGAAAUAGAGUGAAGAAAGGGGUGGUGAGAAUGUGUAGCGGCAUGGUAAAUUUCCACAUGAAGGGAUGCUGAAAAGACUAGGAUUGUUUACUUUAGAGAGGAAAUGAAUAAGAGGGAGGAAAUGUGAUACAGAUAUACAAACUAAUGAAUGCUAGAGUGGGAGUACGCACCUGGACAUGUAGACCUCAUUUGUUAAUUCCUUCAGUGUUGGAGAGGGCAGUGUGCAGGUCUUCUGGCUUAAGGUGAAUUUUAAGCAAUGUGUGAGGAUCUAGAAUUUCUCUCCUGCUUCCUAAUUCUAAUAGUCUUCUAUCUAGAUACCUCCCCUCUGAAAUAGCUUGAAUUUAGGGCAUCCCUAAAGGCAAUGUUUUAGUAUUCUAUAAAUUCAAGAACAGUAAAUUGAUAUUUCUAGUCCCUUAAUUUUUUUUUCAAAUGGAAGAUGCAGUCUGAUAAAUAUUGCAUCUAUAGCAGAUAGCUAUUAUCCAAAAUACAUUUUCUGGGUAUAAGGACCUUACCCUCCAAAGUUCUAAGCACCCUCAACUCCAAUUAAGUUCAGUACAUCACAGGAUUUAGGACCUAAUUGCCACAAGAAUAGUGCAUGUAGUUCUAAUUCCUGAAAUAUUAUGAUUACACAGAACUUUUUGUAUAUAAAACAAAUAAUAUUAGAGAAGAGGGGACAGCCUGGCUGCCCCGAAGUGAGUGGCAUUUUGCUAUUGCCAUCAUCCACAGUGUCUAAUCUUGCUUCAAUUCAGUGGGAGCGGAUAUGGAUCAAAGAAAUGAAAUGUGAUUUGUUUUAAUCUUUUGUAUAAUGUAUGCAGUAUGGAUGCUUCUAUUGUGUAAGCAUGUAUUUUUCGUGUCUCUUAGAUAUUAUGUAAUUUUUUUUAUUUUUAGUUCUACCUUUUGGUUUUUCCACUUAAAAUGACUUGGAGAACAGUGUUUAAAUAAGAAUGGCAUACUGGUACCAUGUGUUCUGUAAACAGUACAAUUAAUAGUCAAAGGGAAAAUGAGUGUCUUACCAGUGACUUGACUAGAGUGCACUCACAGCUACCCGUAGGACAGAAUUUGAUGGAGGAACCAGGCUAUUGCUCUGACAGUAUCAGUGAGGCCCUAAUUCCCCCCUCCCUUGUACCAGGCUACUAUUCUGAUUUGGUGAAGUUUCAGACUCAUUUGACACAGGUAUAAAUGACUAUACAAACUGCAACGCAGUGAAGAAUCAGCCCCUAAAACUUUUAAACAUUUUUAGGGACAAAUCUUCCCUCUCCCAUAAUGGAAGUCCCCCAUAAACUGAGAAAUUAAUAUGGUUCUGCUGUGUUGGGUGCCUAGACCAUGGAAGUCUAUGCAAGGGGUAUAUACCUUCUGUGGUGCUAGGAGUCCAGCUUUCUAGCCAUGUGGGGAGGAUUCUUUCUGCCUUGGUCUCCAUGGCUUUCACUGAUAUUCAGCGUGCUAGUUGUGCUGUGCAUUCAAUGGGGCCUUUGUGUUUUUGUACAGACAUAACCAUAUACUAUUCAAAAUGCAAUAUGUCUCUUUAAGAGGUUGCCACUUUACCUAGAAAUCUGUUACUAAAACAUAAGAAAAUUCUUGUGGAUUAUAUCAGUGAAAGAAAACCAGAGCAUCCUGAUUUGCAUGACAUUUUACAUGCACAUAAAUCUUAGUGUGAAUGACAGCAACAGUCAGCUCCCCUUCUCCUGCUGCCAGCUUCCAUCAAAUGGCAGCUAAAAAUACAUUCCUAUUGAAGUGUGUAAUUUCUUUGUUUGUGACAGGGAAACUAUGGGGCUGUGACUAGCAAAGGAGGUGGCUUGUAUGCUAGCCAAUGAUAGAGGAGGUGGUCCACAUCACAAUCUUUCUAUUGAAAUUUGAUGAUUGUUAUGGGGGAGAGGGGAACCUUUGAGGAACCCUGAACUAAGAAACAGACUCUGGUUGAAAUGUGUUGACUUAUGUAGUAGGGUGCUGGUGCAGAAGCACCUAAUUAGUCCCUGCCCAGUCAGCUCCAAUCGGGGAAAAAGAUUGGGGCUGAUGGAAAAGGCCUUAUGCUAGCCUGAGGAUUGGCAACACCUGCUGGCCUGACAAGCCAAGAGCUAUAAAGGCUGUGAGGGUGCCAGAAGGUGGGGAGCAGCAGGGAAUGAGCUGGCUGGGCCUGUAAAGGAGGUGAUUACUCCUGCAAGAUUUAUAUAUAGAUAGUGGUGGGAGAACCUUAUAUAAAUAAAGACAUGGGUGUUUCACAACCCUGAAGCCUCUUUGAGCCUUAUUGGGGGGCAGCAACUGGGCCCCAGGAAGAGGGGUGGGACUUGAACCCUGUUACAACUUUACAUUGGAUUUUUAACUCUUUUUUUCCUUGUACUUUUCAGAUAUCUAUUUUUCUUGGUAAGCUGUUGCAAACUGGAGCUUUGCAAAUCCUUGUGGUUUUACAAUUAACAUUGAGAUGUAUUUAAUUCAGCCCUGAGUUAUAUGUAUACAGUUCACUUAGGUUUUCCUCCUUCAAUGAAAACUGUUCUAAUAUGCAUUAAACUCUACAAGCAAGAUAAGAAAUAGCUGCUGUUUCCCGUGAGCAGCUGAAUAGACUACUUACCAGAAAUCAAUAUCUAGUUGGAGAAUGAAAAACCGUAUCAUACUAUUUAAUCAAUAUUACUAUUAUUUCUUAGUGUUCCUAAAAAAUAUCUAUAGGUGCCCACGUCUGGCUCUGCAUCCCUCUCCCAGUUAGAAAUAUACAACUGAAAGCUUCUCAUAUUCAUCCACCAAAUCCUCAGCCCAUCUCCUCUUCAAUAACCUGAGAACAGAUGGGUUCUGUAGACUUCCCAAAUACAGGAUCUGGUGGACCAAAGGGAAAAUGGGUCCUAAAGUGGAGUAUCCUUUUCAGAGAACACCCUGACAACCACUCCCUUUCAUUUACAUUGAGGGUGCUGAGACAUGUUGAUCUCUACAAUGGCUUAUGGCAGAGAAAGAGAGGUGGUUUCUCAGGGUAAUUGUGUCCCAAGCUAUUUAUGAUUAUAGGUUAAAACCAAUACUUAGAAUUCCACCUAGAAGAUUAUUGUGAGGCAGCGGAGAUCUUGGAAUAUUAUUUAAUAUGCUUUCAAGGUGCAGCUCCACUGAAUAAGUGGCCCACCACAUCGUGCAUUAGCUUCAGCUUCUGACUAGUCCUAAGGUAACCUCCCAUACCGCAUAUUACAGCAAUCUAAUUUUGAGGUGACAAAGGCAUGAACAGCAGCGUCAGAGAGGAAAGGCUGCAUGCUUCUCACCAGGCUCAGACAGAAAAGUGCCCAUGGUUGCAACCACUAUCUGAACAUCCAAGAGCAACUCAGGAUUUAGCAACACUUUUAGAAAUGAUGGUCACGUUCCGUCGGUGAUGGGGUGCUCCUAUAAAUUCUGCUAAGCCAUAUGGUUGUUUCCCCAAGCCCACCCUCCUAUUUGUGUCUUGUCUAGAUUAAAUCACAGCCAACUCUCUCUCAUCCACAUCCUAACUUUCAUCCACAUCCUAACUUCACCUGAGAUAUUGUGUAAUCCACUGGGUAACUUAUACUUGGCUGGAUUAUUCAUGACUGAGACAGAGAGCUGGAUUAAUGCAUAGUGGUCUGUAUCAUAUAGCAAGAAAAAAUCAAUACUAAAUAGGGUGACCAGACAGCAAGUGUGAACAAUCGGGACGGGGUGGAGGGUAAUAGGAGCCUAUGUAAGAAAAAGACCCAAAAAUUGGGACUGUCCCUAUAAAAUCGGGACCUCUGGUCACCCUAAUACUAAACUGUAUGGAUGCACAAUGCACACAAACUAAUUAUGCUAGUAAUCUCUGCAGGAAACUCCUCAUAAAUAUUCUCCUGAGAAAAAGAUAUUUAUGGCAAAACAAACUCCCAAAGCAAACAUAUGGAAGGAUAUUUUCUUAUGCUCAUAAUUAAUAAUGUCUAUGAAUUAACCUGCUUGGUUGAACUUCCACUGAUACCAAAAUGUAUAUGAAUAUAAAUUGUCUAUAUACAAAACGUACUAGAAAAUGUUUUGUGGGAGGCACCUCUGCUAGUCUGCUUGAGCUCAACAUGGAUUGAGGAUCUCCUAAAGAUUCUGAAAGUUCUUUUAAAUUCAUGAGUCAAAAUCACAUUUGAUUUUAUAACUGAUAUAUGACAAACAUUUUCUCUGAUCUGUAAUAUAAAUAUCUUUUCUAUUUGAAAAAUAAUUGUCAUUAUAUUGCAAUAUAAGUAUGUGAGCAAACUAGAGGAGUCAAUUAAACUUUAGCAUUACUCUGUGGGUAUGUGUAUAUAUUCAAAGUAAUAACUGCUUAGUUUAGGGACUAAAGUGAGGAUUUUGUUUUACUCCUGGAGAUCCGCAAAACUAAGAAUAAACCGAGUUUUAUUCUUUCUUGUAAAUCAAAAUUGUUCACUAAACUGCAGUUACAAGGCCCAUCAGUUGUAUCUAUACAAACCAAAUGAAGGCAGUGAAGUUGGACAGGGGUUGCUGUGGGAUCUCUCUGUGUCAAUGGGCACAAAUGCAUCACCAUUACUUUUAUUACCGAUAAGACAUGCACAGGAAAGAAUUCAGGAUAGCUGACUUGAAGAACAGCAGAAAUAGUAAUUUGUGUUGCCUAUAUAAACAUCUUGUUAAUAUUGUCGCUGAAGACUAUAGAGCUGUAGAUGUGAGUGGGGAGAAAAAUCUUAAAAGUAAAUUAACUAUCCAGUUGUUUGUGCUAUUGACUUUUGCUUUGGAUCUCUUUCUUUUGACACAUAAUCUUUUUUUUCCCUUUGGCAGAAGGAAGGGAAGAAUUAUAAAGAAUACUAUAAUUCAACUGGGUGUGUACUGAACUCAUUUAUUUCUGCUUUAAUUGUAUGACUUUUACUAUAUAUAUGUAUAGAAUCCACACAAAUAUGGGUUAGCUGGCUUCAGCAAAGCAUUCAGGCUCAAAUCAUCAAAGGAAGCUAGGUACUGAACCCCAGAUUUAGGGGUAGGAGUCAGAGGACAUCCAUUCCCUUACAAGCUAUAAUCUCAGGUACUUAUCUGAGUGUGGGAAACCUUGGUUCAGUUCCCCCUUAUGCUUGAAGAGAAGAGAUUUAAACACUUUCACUGAUCUCUAGGAGAUUCUGUUUGGGGGCUCUCCCAGUUUCUCUUGUUGAAUCUUUAAUUGAAUAAAUUAAAUAUUAAUUGGGCCCAAGAAAGAGUGAAAACCAUUCUAAAGCUCAGUAGUUAAAGCAGGCACCUGAGAUGUGGGAAAUCACUGUUCAACUCCCUUCUUAUGAUGUAGAGAAGGGAAUUGAGCUAAGAAUAUUGACAUCUUAGGUGAAUACUCUAAACACUGGGCUAAAGGCUAUGAGGCAGGCUACCACCUCCAUUCCCCUGGUCAUUUUAUGUGGACUUAGGCAGGCACCCAACUCCUUCUCACAAGAAGUGGUUUAGUGGCCUAAUUCACCUGACUGCAGGAGAUGGGUUCUUCUUGGUUGUGGAUUGCAAACAGACAUAGGCACCUCCCUGCAACCUGUACCUAGGUACUGAACUCAGAGACAGGGAUGGAGCUUUGGACACAUCUUUCUCGUCAGCUUCUCCUAUUGGCUAGCUUAGGCAGCUCUGCAACUAGUGUACUGGCUUUUGUAGAUCCCAUUCUUUGGAACAUAUCUCUCCCUGUGCAUUGCAUAGGGAGCCUAGGUGCCUAACUCAGGGUUUGUGGAGUCCAUUGUUGUUCCAGUGAUUUUCUAGGCAGCUAAAGUAAGGUGUUGUGUUGUAAUGUCCCAAUCCAUUUGUCGACCUGGGCCGCUGGCAGAUGCAUAACUCUGGAGGGAGUUGGGAAUUGGCAAAGCCCCCACAAAGGGGACUGUUUGACUACUCGUGGACUUCUGAGUUAACCAUUUGUUUUACAGCAACAAACCUCUUAUGUAAAUAAUAAAUCAUACAAUAAAGCUGUUUUGCCUAUAAAAUGUACAUGUCAAUUUGUAAAAGCAUCAGUUUUAACAGCUUUUUCAAAAAUGCACCUAUUCUCUGAUAACAGAUGCCAUAUAAUAAAGUUUAGCUAAAGAGAAAAAAAUAACAAACAAGCAAACAAAAACAAAUAGACUUUGUGUGCAUUGGUAGAGAUUGAAGGAUACAUACAGCUGAUUACAGAAGACCUAAAAUGAAAAUAAAGGGCUUUGUUUACAGAUGAACUGAUAUGCGAUGAUUCCUUAAUUACAGUAACAGGAUUAUCCUCAUUGUGAUGCUCUCAUCUCAUCUUUCUCAUCGUCUUUUCAGUCCAAGCGACAAAUUCUCUCUUCUUGUUUAAGCCAUGAAAGUUGAGGAGGCGAGGCUUUAAAGAUGUGGUGCCAGGUUUACACCAUGUCACUUAAUCUUUAAAUAGAGGAAAGUGUAACUUGUGGAACAUUCCUUGUGUGUCCUCUA